AUGCGAGUCUGCGUGCUGGUGUUAGUCGGCAUCAGUCUGUCUGCGGCCUGCCAUUACGGCCAUGAGGAAGAGGUGGACAAUGCCGGAGGCGCAGUUGGAGAGCAACCACCGUUUGAAAGAUGGCUAGAGGACGGCGGUGUCAGGCCCCUGUUCGGAGCAAAGGUACCCGGAGGCAAAUACGAGGUUGGCGCGGAGGAGAGCAGCUUUAUGCGGGCCCUGAACUCAAGUCUGGCGACGCUGAAGUCCAAUCAUACUGGCUGCUGGGAAUUCAGCCUGAAUUCUGUGCACAAUCAGACGACACAGGUAGUUACUGGACAGCUAUUCCAGUGGCACAUGAAUGUGACGGUCACCAAGGCAGCGGAGCACGGGGAGACCUGUGUCCAAGACCUCUGCACAGACGGUUGUCCCGAUGGCAAGAUAUACCGAGUCAGUGCGUGGAUUCGCACCUGGGAGUCACCGGAUAAGAAGGAGAUCUUCACGUUUGAGGAUGCGUAA